UACUGCUGAUAAUCGUUAUAUAAUAUCAACUGGUUAUUGGGAUAAAAUUUUUCGUGUACAAAAUACUGAUAUAGCUAAAAUUACACAAGUACUCUAUGGCCAUUUUGAUAUUGUUACAUGUGUAUGUCGUUCGGAAGUAACUAUUGCUGGAAAUUUUUUUCUUGCAACUGGUUCACGUGGUUGUACAGUUUGUAUUUGGAUAUGGAAUGGUACAAAAGGUGCAAUAGUUGAUCGUGAAUAUCCAAAUCAAGAAAUCAAUCCAUCACCAGCAGCAAUUUUAACUGGCCAUGAUAGAGAAAUCACAUGUUUAUGGAUAUCAGCUGAACUUGGUAUUGUUUUAAGUGGUAGCGAACAAAGGCUCUUACGUCAACAUACACUUAAUGGUGAUAUAUUACGUUCAUUUGAAAAUCCAUCAAAAAUAUCUACACCACGUCUAUUAUCACCAUCAAAUGAUGGUGAUAUUAUUGUUUUUUAUGAUCGUUCAAAAUUAUGUUUAUAUACAUUAAAUGGAAAAUUAA